ACUUUGCAUUCUUUCGCAAGUUGUGAAGCAGAGUAGUCAAGUUCGUUUUAGUUCGCAAACUCAAAUAGGAAAGAAACGCUAGAGAAUUAUUAAAUACUUGUCGCCCGCCCUACAGCAAACUCAAGAAAAAAGUAUUAACUCCAUUUACACGUUGCAGUCGGUUUUAUUUGUGUUCUUUGAGUGAAUUUAAUGCAAUAGCAAUUGGGAAUGCGCAUUCUAACGGUGUGGUUAAAAAAGUAACUAAAGUCCGUGGAAAAUCGCAACGAAAGCACAAAUAGAAUAUAUAUAAAUUUGGAAAAAAAAGUGAAGAAAUCGCGAAUUACAAAGCCAGCCAGAAUCCGAAAGUCGCGAGUGUUGUCUGUGUAGUUGUGUAAAGUGACUGAAGGAACAUACAUACACAUAAAAGCGGAAGAGAACGCCGCCGUUGCUGUUGUUGCCACAGUCGCAGUUGUCGUCGGCGAAGUAGUUGGAAAAAGUAAAAAAGCAGUUUACCGCAUUGGUACAAAGAAUUUUCCAAUUGAAAUUGGUACGCGUAACUAUUAAUAAACAAAUUACCAACUCGCAAAAUGUCGGUUUUAAAUAAAUUCACAAAAACCUUGUCGGCGGAUGAGAAAGCAGAAAUUUUGGAGAAAUUUACAGAAAUUGACGCCAACAAAGAUGGCUUCAUUGAUUUGUGCGAGUUGAAGGACGCUUUGGAUCAGGUCGGUUUCAAAUUGCCCGGCUAUCAGGUGCGCGAAAUGAUCUCUGAGUUCCAGAAUAAACAACGCACAUCACAUCAGGGCAAAUUGAAUAUCGAAGAAUUCGAAAAUCUCUGUCUCGAUCUCAAAUCCAAAGAUGUGGCGAGCACCUUCAAGACCGUUGUAUCGAAAAAGGAGAAUCUGGAAACAUUGGGUGGCAUGUCUAGCAUAUCCUCCGAAGGCACCACGCACUCCGUGCGUCUGGAAGAGCAACUUGCCUUCUCCGAUUGGAUCAAUUCGAAUUUAGGUUAUGAUCAAGAUCUGAAGCAUUUGCUACCCAUCGAUGCUGAGGGCAAACAUCUGUACCUCGCAAUUAAGGAUGGUAUCUUACUCUGCAAAAUUAUCAAUCACUCCUGCCCGGAUACGAUCGAUGAGCGUGCCAUCAACAAGAAGAAUUUGACAGUUUAUCGCGAAUUUGAGAACUUGACGCUGGCGCUGGUUUCAUCGCAAGCGAUUGGUUGCAACAUUGUCAACAUUGACGCACACGAUUUGGCCAAAGGCAAGCCACAUUUAGUGUUGGGUUUGUUGUGGCAAAUCAUUCGUAUCGGUCUCUUCAGCCACAUUACGCUCGACAGCUGUCCCGGCUUGGCGGGUCUGCUCUUCGACAACGAACGUUUGGAAGAUUUGAUGAAGCUGUCACCGGAAGCCAUACUGUUGCGUUGGGUCAACCAUCAUUUGGAGCGCGCUGGCAUUUCACGUCGCUGCACCAAUUUCCAAUCGGACAUUGUAGACUCUGAGAUCUAUUCACAUCUGUUGAAACAGAUCGCCGGCAAUGAUGUCGAUGUCAAUUUGGAUGCGCUGCGCGAGUCGGAUCUGACAUCGCGUGCGGAGAUUAUGUUGCAGCAGGCGGCCAAAUUAAACUGUCGCAGCUUUUUGACACCGCAGGACGUUGUCAAUGGGGUCUACAAGUUGAAUUUGGCCUUCGUUGCGAACCUGUUCAACAAUCACCCUGGAUUGGAUAGGCCUGAACAAAUCGAUGGACUGGAGUCGAUCGAGGAGACACGCGAAGAGAAAACUUACAGAAACUGGAUGAAUUCCAUGGGCGUUGCCCCACAUGUCAACUGGUUGUAUUCUGAUCUUGCUGACGGAUUGGUCAUCUUCCAGCUGUUCGAUAUCAUCAAACCCGGUAUUGUGAAUUGGCCGCGUGUGCACAAACGCUUCACGCCCCUACGCAAAUUCAUGGAAAAGUUGGAAAAUUGCAAUUAUGCCGUGGAUUUGGGCAAACAGCUGAAGUUUUCGCUUGUCGGUAUUGCCGGACAAGAUUUGAACGAUGGAAAUGCUACACUAACUUUGGCGCUAAUUUGGCAACUGAUGCGCGCCUACACUUUGUCAAUUCUAUCACGUUUGGCCAACACCGGCAGUCCCAUAAUCGAGAAGGAGAUUGUGCAAUGGGUCAAUAGCAAAUUGUCUGCCGCCGGCAAGACCUCAAGCUUGAAGAACUUUAACGAUUCGGCCAUUGCCGAUGGUAAAAUUGUAAUCGAUUUGAUUGAUUCGAUUAAGGAGGGUAGCAUAAACUAUGACUUGGUGCGAACUGGCGGUACCGAAGAGGACAAUUUGGCCAAUGCAAAAUACGCUAUUUCUAUGGCGCGUAAGAUUGGUGCACGCGUCUACGCAUUGCCCGAAGAUAUAACGGAAGUGAAACCGAAAAUGGUGAUGACCGUCUUCGCCUGCAUGAUGGCGUUGGACUAUAUACCCAAUAUGGAUAGUGUGCCAAAUCAGAAUCAAGAACCAAUCGCCAUUGUGAAUGAUGUUACCAUCAACAAUACAAACAGCCACAAUAACAGCAACAGUAACAACAUUAAUAAUACAAACAGUAACUAAUGAUCAAUUAAAUGGCGGCCACAAUUUCUAUAUACAAACAUAUACUAUAUAUAAGCAGAAAACUUGUAAACAAAUAUAUAUAUAUAUAUAUAUAAAUCAACAUAUAUAUAUAUAUAUAUAAUUUUAUAUAAAUUAAGCAACGAUAAGCACUAACCAAUAAUGUUGAAACGAAGUGAUGCAUUAAGCGAAUUAUUAAGUAAAUGCAACUAUCAUUCAGCAAUAAUAACAAUAAUCUAUAACGGCUGGAAUUAUAAAUAUGUACAUGUAGCAAUGUAUGGCGUUAAGCAAUAUACAUACAUACUUACCUACGUAAAUACAAAACUAAAAUUAUUAAUUUCGUCUUGUAACACAAAAAAAACAUAAAUAACUUACACAUACUAUAUACGCUAUGUAUUGUAAUUUAUUAAUUUAUUUAACUUUGACAAAAAAAAGCAAGCAAAAUAUUUUUUUUUAAGUGUGCAAAUGGGCGUAGUUUGCAACAUGUCGCUAUCAGCCAAUUUGCCCUAUGCGGAAGUAUGAUUAUAAAGAGGAAAGACAUUAUUAUUGUAUUAUGAUAUAAUGAUAACCUUAUUUUAUAAAUAAAGGUUUAUUUUUACAUA